GGGGAGCAGUGAGGAGGUACUGGUCUGUACUGGUCUGUCCUGGUUUGUACCCCCAAUCCCCAAAGCCCCUCCCCAGCUCCCCCAGGACCCUCCCGCACCCCAAAUCCCCCCAGGCCCCCCCAGGCCCCUGACUUGUUCCUGCUGCCCCUUGAGCAUCUGCAGCUGCUGCAGAACCAGGCAUUUCAUCAGCAAAUGUGCAGCUGACCCCAAGCUGGGGUGUGUUGAUGUGCUGGAAGGCAGGAGGGCUCUGCAGAGGGACCUGGCCCAGCUGGAUCCAUGGGCUGAUUGCAAGGGGAUGAGGUUCCAGCAGGCCAAGGGCCGGGUCCUGCCCUUUGGCCACAAGAAGCCCCGUCAGCCCCCCGGGCUGGGGCCAGAGUGGCUGGAGAGCAGGCAGGCAGAAAGGGAGCUGGGAGUGGGGAUGGACAGGAAGCUGAACAGGAGGCAGAGUGUGGCCAGGGGGCCAAGAGGGCCAAUGGAGUGAGGAAGUGUGGCCAAUGUGUGAGGAAGAGUGUGGCAGCAGGAGCAGGGAAGGGAUUGUUGGGCUGGAGUGAGCGCUGGUGAGGCCACCCCUGGAGUGCUGUGUCCAGCUCUGGGCCCCUGAGUUGAGGAAGGCCCUGGAGGGGCUGGAGCAGGUCCAGAGAAGAGCAGCGAGGCUGGGGAAGGGAGUGGAGCACAAGUGGUGUGAGGAGAGGCUGAGGGAGCUGGGGGUGCUGAGGCUGGAGAAGAGGAGGCUCAGGGGAGACCUCCUGACUCUCUGCAAGUCCCUGCCAGGAGGUUGGAGCCAGGUGGGGGUGGGGCUGUUGUGCCAGGAAGCAGCAGUAGGACAAGAGGGCUGGGUCUGGAGCUGUGCCAGGGGAGGUUUAGGUUGGGUAUUGGGAAGCAAUUUUUUGCUGACAGGGUAAUCAGGCCUUGGAAUGGGCUGGGCAGGGAGGGGGUGGAGUCAGCGUCCCUGGAGGUGUUGAAGGUGAGAGUGGAUGUGGCCUCAGUGCCAUGGUCUGGGAAGCACAGCAGGGUUGGAUCCAGGGCUGGACUUGAUGAUCUCGGAGGUCUUUUCCAACGUGGCUGAUUCUGUGAUUCUCUGAUUGCCAUUCCUGUGGCAGCACAUGCUUGAGGCUCCAUCCCCAGGGUGAUAGAGAUGUCUGUCCAUAUCUAUCUCCAAGGUUAGUCUGUAAAUGUGUGGUGUUAGCAAAGCAGGCUGAGUUGUGGGCUGGUUGUAGAAGGAGAAAGAAGCCCCCAGCCCAGUGCAAGCAGGCAGCCCUCAGCUUGCACCUGAUGUCCCCUCCCUGCAGGUUCCUGUCCUUGAGCCCAGGCCCUGAGGUGAGGCUGAGAAUAAGUGCAAGGCAGAGGUGCUGCUGAGGAAGGAGAGCCCCGUGGUGGGGAAGGCACAAAGCUGUGUUUGCCCAUCCCCGAGCAGGUGCUGUGUCCAUCCCCUGUGUGCCAGGAUUUGUCCUUCCCAAAGCUUGGGCAGAUGAAGGAGGCUGCGAGGAAGAGGAAGAUGCCUUGGGCCCCCCAGGCAGGCCCCGAGCUGAGGACGGAGAGCCCAGAGGACAAAUCCCCCCGGCAGAGCCUGGUGGGAGAGGCCGUUUUGAAGGGCUCCCCAGCCCAGGAAGGCAGCGGGGAGGAAAAGGGCCGGAGAUCCCCCCGCAGGAGGGGCUCCAAAGCCAGCCCAGGGGGCUCUGAGGAGGAAAGAGCCAGCCUGUGCCGGGAAGGCGGCCGGAGCUUGAGCCAGAGCUCUGACCUGGUGGUCCCUGAGCAGCCUCCCAGCAGGGAGAAGCCCUUCAGGUGCUUGGAAUGUGGGAAGAGCUUCAGGAAGAGCACCCAACUCCUCACCCACCAGCACAUCCACAGUGGGGAACGGCCCUACACAUGUAGGGAAUGUGGGAAGAGCUUCAGGCAGAGCUCCAACCUGAUCCAACACCAGCGCAUCCACACUGGGGAACGACCCUACACAUGUGGGGAGUGUAGGAAGAGCUUCAGGGACAGCUCCACCCUGAUCCAACACCAGCGCAUCCACACUGGGGAACGGCCCUACACGUGUGGGGAGUGUGGGAAGAGGUUUCAGCGCAGUGGGAAUCUCCUCAGGCAUGAGCAGACACACACGGAUGAGAGGCCCUUCCGCUGCACCGACUGCGGGAAGGGCUUUAAGCGGAACUCCCACCUCAUCACCCACCAGCGGACACACACGGAUGAGAGGCCCUUCCACUGCACCGACUGCGGGAAGGGCUUCAACCAGAACUCCACCCUCGUCACCCACCGGCGCAUCCACAGCAGGGAGAGGCCCUACAGCUCCAGCCCCCGCACCCACCAUCUUAUCCACACUGGGGAACGACCCUACAGGUGCUCGGAAUGUGGGAAGAGGUUUAAGACCAGCUCCAAUCUCCUCCUGCAUGAGCGAACGCACACGGAUGAGAGGCCCUUCCGCUGCACCGACUGCGGGAAGGGCUUUAAGCGGAACUCCCACCUCAUCACCCACCGGCGCAUCCACAGCGGGGAGAGGCCCUACAAGUGUGGGGAGUGUGGGAAGAGCUUCACCCAGAGCGGUAACUUGACCUCACACCAACGGACCCACCAGUAAGGGGAACCCUGCGAGUGCCCCGACUGCGGGAAGAGCUUCGGCCGCUGCUUCCACCCCGAAUGAACCCCCUGAUGGGGAGGCAACCCCUGGAGUGCAGUGACUGUCACUCCAUCUCUUUCGACCACAAAGGGCCAGUCCCCUUUCCCAGGGGCAGCUUCUUCCAACAGAACCCUUUCUGGGGGGUGUGUGGAGAUUCCUGCCAUGGCUGGGGACCCCCAAAGGUCACUGCUGGAGGUUGAGAGCAGAGAUCUCCCCACCAGCGUUGGUCUGGGGGAGUUCCAUCCAUCUCUAAUUAAGAAUUAUUGCUUUUGUGCCAGCUUGAGUAGAAUUGCUUCAACAAUUGCUUUAGUGUAGAGCACUGUCCUGUCUUAUCCUGUACUCCUGGUAGUUUUAGUGUUUGUAUUGUGCAGUAAAUAAUUCUGAUGAA